AUGGAGCAUAUCGAGUCUACGACACCAAACAGCGAGCACUCUGCUGAUGAGAUGCAAAAUGAUGGCAGCAGCAGCGGGUCAAGUGGAAGGAAGCGCACCACUCCAAGAUCCCCGAAUGGAGGGCCACAGAAACUAAAGACGUCCGAAAGAAGACGUAUUCAGAACCGCCAAGCACAAAAGACUUACAGAGAGAAGCAGAAGAAGCGACUGCAGGCUCUAGAGUCGUUUGCCAAGUCUCAGACACUUGCUGCUCACGAUGCGCCGUCUUCGUCCACCCCGACGUCCACCAUUGGCCAAACCAUGGCCGGCCUGCUGGCCGCGGACUCGCCUAUCAUGGGAUUGGCCGGGAUGAUGCAGCCUCAUGAUCUCGGCUCAGCCGCUACCACAGGAAUGGGAAGCUUUGUAGGAUGCGGCCCAAGCUUCAGUUCGUCUGCCUUGGGCUACCAAACCGGCGGGCCAGCUCCCAUGUACAGAUAUACGCCUAGUCUGGACUACCAGGCGGAUGGUGCCCUGAAUGCCGGUCGAUCAUUCCGAGAGGACUUGUUUUCCGCAUCAACUCCGCUGGCUGCCCCAUCCGGGUCCGAGUCCAUAACACCGGGGAGCGGAUUUAAUUCACCCUCGAUGCCGCCGGGCGUUCUUCAGUCACACAACGUCCAUGUUCUUAAGAGCCAAUCACCGGCGAGGGACGAAACAGAUACUUUACUUGCUCAGUUCCUUCUACAAGAUGACAUUACUCUGAGUAGAGCACUGCUAAAGAAUAUCCGCACAAAUAAGAUAACGCUCAAGGAUAUCCUGAGAAAGGGCCUUCAGUCACUGGAAAGAGACGCAGAUAGCCCUUUGAACAGCAUGAGAAUGGUUGAUGGUUCAUUACAAGGGCUGCAGCUCCCCGAUCUUCACGCCAAUACAAUCCGCAUCACGCAAAUGUCGUUUGUAGCAGCUGUCCUAUAUAACGCAACCAUGCUGGGCAUAUCAGCACCAGAAAUGUUUGCACACGACACUGAGUCUCAUUUUUUUGCAUCAAGGAAAGCGUUAGGAGGAAUGGAAGAUAUUUCAGAACAAGUUGCAUAUGUUGAUAUAAAAGACGACCUGAAGCCCACCCAGAACCAACUCACACAACGUCAUCACCCCUACAUCGACGCUCUCCCCUUUCGGGCUUUCCGCGAGCGUUUAAUAGCAUUGAUCAACGCUGAGCCCAGUAUUAUCAACAUGGAAGAGCUCUGUCAUGAUCUACAGAGCGAUGGAGUGAUUUGUUGGGGCUCCGGUGCUGGGGCUGGCACUGGACACUCUGGCGCCCCGUGGGAUAUCCGAAGCUGGGAAGUACGGCCGUGGUUUCUGAAGAAAUACUGGAUGAUUACAGAAGGCACCGAGGGAGAGAUGUAUCAGCAGGCUAGAUGGUGGUGUGAGAUGAGGGGAGAAGAGGUGCCGACGUUGUGGUGA